GCAGGGACAGGCCGAGCGGUAGAGUGACGUAAAUGACAGUGGGCGUGUCCUGCGAGCGGCGCGGCGGCUAGGCGGGACGAGCAAAAGUUAGAGAGGUCAGGGGUCGUAGCGCAUGUCUCUUCGACUGGCCGGCUGAGAACAUGGAGAGGAAAGUGCUAGCGUUGCAAGCUGCUCAUAAGAAACGGAGAAAAGCCAAGAAAAUCCUUAAGAAGCCGCCAGAAGCGGCUCAGCGGCGCAACUCUGCUCCAGAUCCUCCUGCCGAAGAUCCGCCAGAGGAAGAGGAGGAGGAGAUCCUGGGCAGCGAUGACGAGGAGCAGGAAGAUCCCUUCGAUUACUGUAAAGGGGGCUAUCACCGGGUGAAGAUCGGGGACCUGUUCAACAACCGUUACCACGUGAUCAGGAAGCUAGGCUGGGGCCACUUCUCCACCGUGUGGCUGUGCUGGGACCUCCAGGCCAAGCAGUUUGUGGCUCUGAAGGUAAUGAAAAGUGCUGAGCACUACACAGAGACCGCCCAGGAUGAGAUCCGACUGCUGAGAUCCAUCCGAGAGACCGAUCCUAACGACAGUGGCCGCGACAAGGUGGUCCAGCUCCUCGAUGACUUCAAAAUCGCAGGCGCCAAUGGUACCCAUGUGUGCAUGGUGUUUGAGGUCCUGGGACAUCACCUGCUGAAGUGGAUCAUCAAGUCUAACUACCAAGGUGUGCCCCAAGCAUGUGUCAAGAGCAUCAUCAGGCAGGUCCUCCAGGGCCUGGACUACAUGCACACCAAGUGUAAGAUCAUCCAUACCGACCUGAAGCCGGAGAACGUCCUGCUGUGUGUGGACGAGCCCUACAUCCGCAGGUUGGCCUGUGACGCUACACAGUGGCUGCGCUCUGGUGCCCCGCCACCCUCAGGUUCUGUGGUGAGCACGGCGCCGCCGCCAAAAUCUUCCACCAAACUGACAAAGAACAAGAAGAAAAAGCUGAAGAAGAAACAGAAGCGCCAGGCGGAGAUGCUGGAUAAACGGGUGCAAGAGAUUGUAGGGAUGGAAGUGGAAGAAGACUGUGCGCCCACUCAAGAGCAGGUGGAUUCGCCAUCACCUAGCAAAGAAUCAGAACUGACAUUAAAUGGACUUCCCUCUGAGACGUCUUCUGAAAGCCUGACUAAUGCCAGCUCAUUGUCCCCAAGCUUUCCCCAUCCUGAUGCAAUAGAUAAUAGUCAUAAAGCUGCUUCUCCCGACAAUGAUUUGUGCCCCCCAUCAGACACCCAACCACCAGAGCAAAACGACAUUGAGGUGAUCUGCCCCCAGCAAGAAGAAGCAUGUCAGGAGCCCAAAGAACCAGAAGUGAAAGAUGAAGAGGAGGCAGCGGGUGAUGGAAAACUGACAGCAGCUGAAUUCCUCCUAAAUCCUCUCGAACCCCAGAACGCGGACAAAAUAAGAGUGAAGGUUGCUGACCUGGGAAAUGCUUGCUGGGUGAACAAACACUUCACGGAGGUCAUUCAGACCAGGCAGUACCGGUCCCUGGAAGUUCUCAUUGGGUCCGGAUACAGUACCCCAGCAGACAUCUGGAGUACAGCUUGCAUGGCAUUUGAGUUGGCCACAGGAGAUUACUUGUUUGAGCCUCACUCCGGUGAGGACUACUCCCGUGACGAAGACCACAUUGCGCUGAUCAUUGAGCUCUUAGGCCAGAUACCACGCAAAAUUAUUGCAGCCGGAAAACACUCCAAGGAAUUCUUCACCAAAAAAGGUGACCUGAAACAUAUUUCAAAGCUAAAGCCGUGGGGUCUGGCCGAUGUCCUGAAAGAGAAAUACGAGUGGUCUGAAGAGAACGCCUCUUCCUUUGCAGACUUUCUCUUGCCCAUGUUGGAAUUAGUACCCGAGAAGCGGGCUACAGCAGCUCAAUGCCUCCGACACCCCUGGCUGCUCUCAUAGAGGCAUUGAGGCAGACUCUGUUAUGAACAUCAUUCGGAUUGUUCUUGUUCAGUUUUUUUUUAAGGGCUAUCCUCCAUUCUAUAAUUGGUUUCGAGCUGACCUUCAUGGUGAAAAUUUAAGGGAUGUGGUUAAUCCUCUCUUAAUGUGGGAACAAAGCCCUAAAAAUGCCAAUGGAGUCUAAAAUAUUCAUCAACAGAGGAGGUGAUCCCCAUUAUAAUUACCCAUCUCUUCAAGUAGUUAGCAUAGGAAGAGCGGUGACAGAUCUGAUAAGAAUUUUGAACUUUAUUGCAAGUUUAUAUGUUAAAUUCCAGCCAAGAUUUGUAGAAAUGAGGCCCCUAGUACAGUCUGAUGAAUUUUGGACUCUGAAACACGUCAGUCUCUACAUGUAGUUACAAUGACAGUACUAUGCAGAUGAGCGCUCGUAAUGCUCAGAGGAAGUAUCCGGGACUGUUUUCAGGACUUUGCUGCAUCCUUUUUUUUUCCUGUCAGAUCCGCCAUAGUUACAUUCUUUUUAUAUAGUCUUUGAUUAAUGUUAUUCGGUUCUUCUGUUUUGAGUUUAUGCCCUUUUUGAAGGUUCCUAUGUUACUUAUCCUGAAACGUUUUAUUUUUGUGUAACUGAAGUAGAGGGUGCAGUGAGAAAAUUCAGCAGUAAUACAUCACAUUUGUUCCAUAUACAGUUCAUGAAACAUUCUCCUCCUUUUUGACCACAUUUUAAUAUAUGAUGUAUUCUUGUAAGAAGUUAUGGAAUAAAAUAUUGUUACCAUUGAAAAUGGA